AUGGAGAGCAAGGCGCUGCAGCUGCGCACCUUCUCCGAGCGCCGCAGCGGAGCCGCCCCCGAGGAGCCCCUGGAGGGAAGGAGCCUCUCCAGGCUGAACCUCUGCGAGGACGAUCCCGGCCGGAAGGCGAAGAGCUCGGGAUGCUGCGGCCGGCUGGGCUCGGCGGCGGCGCUGAAAUAUUCCGUGCUGGGCCUUUACCUCCUGGUCCUCCUCAUCCUGGUGGGAAUCUUCGUCCUGGCAGCAUCCCGACCCUGCGCGUCUCCCGAGGAUCUGCAGGCUCUGCUGGGUGACGUCCAGCGGCUCAACGAGACCUUCCGGGACCUGCGGCUGCGGCUGCUGCUCCCCGUUCCCACGGGAGGAGAACUCCUGGAGCACGUCUGGAGCCUCCAGGAGCUCCUGCAGAACCACUCGGACUCUCUGCGGCGGCUGGAGGGGUUCCUGCACGGCCUGCGGGACCAGGCCGGACAGACGGAUCGCUCCGUGGCCCGGCUCCAUGAUUCCCUGCUCCGGCAGAGCGAUGCGGCCCAGCUGGAGCUGUCCCGGCUCUCCGUGGACGCCAACGGCAGCCGGCUGCUCCUGGAGCACCACCAGCACCUCCUGGGCCACCUGGGCGGGCGCCUGGAACUCCUGGGCGAGCAGGUGACGGCGCUGGCAGGAGCCGUGGAUUCCAUGAACCGCAGCUUCUCCUACGACGUCCGCCUGCAGCGCUCCCGGCUCCGGGAUCUCCAGGGGCUCCUGGGCAACGCCAGCAUCCCAAAUCCAAUUUACGACCCCCAAUUCCUGAAUGUGGGAUCUUCCCAAUUCCCAAAUCCAGGAACCCGCAAUUCCCGAAUCCGGGAGUUCUUCAAUUCCCAAAUCCGGGACUAUUCCAAUUCCCAAAUCCCGGGUUUCUCCAUUUCCUAA